CAAAAGUGGGGCUGAGCCGCAGCAUUCGCACCGUGUGCCCGAUGAGGCCGCUGUUUCUCCAUCUUCUUUAAAGUCUGGGAGUUAAAAUCCACACCUUUUAAUUUGUCCACCAUUCAGAAGAUCAUGUUGGAAUGAAUAAACUAGGAAAUAGAAAUCCAAAACAUAUUGUAAAUGUAUUUAUCCAGUAUUUUGAGCCUGAUAGAAGUUGAUGAAGAGGAAUGUACCAGAAAAUGCCCCAGCUGCACAAAAGUCAAAUUAACUAAUAAGAUUCUCUACUUUCUUCCCUGACAUUAGUGCUUUUAUAAGAUUUUCUUCUGGUUAUUUUUUCUUUGCAGAUGGAUUCUCGCUAGUUAACUUAGUCACCCUUUUUUUCUGGUACUUUCUUUGGUUUUCCAUUUUGCAUAUAUAAGCUGCAAAUCGUUUGUGCUUUUUCCGGAGACAAAGAAUAAACUAAGGUCAAAUCCUCCAGGCUUAAAAGGAUGGGUGAAAAACCAUUUUAAGAUGCAGAAACUAGAGUCAUCUCGACAAACUUCCUAACAAAAAAAAGUUAACUCUUGGGCGAACAGGCCUGGAUAGCCUUUGAGGUCAGUCCUGCAGCUCCAGGAAUCGUCCUAUGAAUUGAAAGCUGUUUGGAGAUCAACAAGAUUUCUCAGACCUAUUUGGAUUGUCCUUACAGGACAGAGAAAGGAUGCAGAAAGAAGUGUUAGCAAGUGAGGGAACUGGAAAAGGCCUCUCAGCUGUUCAGCCUGUUAGCUGUGAGGAGACCUGGGCAAGAACUGAGCAGAAGAUCCUGGAGAAGGAAACCAUCAUCCGUUCAGAGAUUCAGACAUGCAGCUUCAGAAACAUCCAAUACCAGGAGGCGGAAGGUCCCCGAGGACUUUGCAGCCAACUCCACAACUUUUAUAAUCAAUGGCUGGGACUACAAAACCACACUAAAACCCACAUGUUGGACCUGGUUGUUCUGGAGCAGCUCCUGGCCCUUUUGCCCCUGCCGAUGAAGAGCUGGGUGCGGGAGUGUGGAGCAGAGACCAGCUCCCAAGCGGUGGCCCUGGCGGAAGGCUUCCUCCUGAGUCAGAGAGAGGAGCAGAAGGAGCAAGUCGAAUUGCAGUCUUUCACGCUGCAGACCAGAGAACCUAUGAGAAAAAGGAAUCCAUCAAAUCCCCCUCGGGAGUUGUUUUCCAGAAGGGUCUAUCAUGAAUCCGCAAAUGAGGACAUCUCAGAUGGGAAGAAUAGAACAAAUUUGACUCCUUUUUACGGUGGUGCUGAAAUUCUGGUUGAAGCUCGAAAAGAAGGUCUCGUGUCCUUUAAGGAGGUGGCUGUGUAUUUCUCCGAAAAGGAGUGGUCUCAGCUGGAUGCUGACGAAAAAGCACUGUAUCGGGAAGUCAUGCUGGAAAAUCAUAGAAACGUGGCCUCUUUGGGUAAUAAUGGGGAGGAAGAUGAAGAUUCCAGAGAACUAUUCCAAAUGAUCAGUCGUUCAUACAGUAUGAAGAACCCUACAAUUCUAAUAGAAGUAGAAAACCAUGAAAGAAACCACUCAAAUAAUUGGAAUCAGGAAACUUCGCCUUCUGUUCAAGCAGCAAUAAAAGCCUCUGUGGCCCAGCAAGGAAGAAUAAAAAAGAAAUAUAUUGGAAAAUGCAUGAAAGUAUUCAUAAACAAAACAGAUGUAGAUAAACACCGUCAAACCCAAAUCAAAGGAGAUUUUAUAUGUAGAAACAAUGGAAGAAAUAAGAAAUGGACCCUGUCUCUUCCUCAUAAAAAUGGGUCCUGUACAUCUCAGAAAAUAACCUGUGUAGGGGAGAAGCCACAUAAAUGCAUGGAGUGUGGAAAGAGCUUUAUUAAGGACAGUCAACAUGAAGCAGAGAAAAGAUAUAAAUGCAUGGAGUGUGGUAAAGGUUUUCCUGAAAACAGUCAACUUGCACGUCAUAAACAGAUCCACACAGGAGAGAAACCGUAUAAAUGCAUGGAGUGUGGAAAGAGCUUCACUUUUAGUUAUUCUCUUACUUCCCAUUCUCGGAUCCAUACAGGGGAGAAGCCAUAUAAGUGCACAGAGUGUGGAAAGAGCUUCUCCCACAGUUCUUCUCUUACUCUUCAUAAACGAAUCCACACAGGUGAGAAGUAUAAAUGUAUGGAAUGUGGAAAGAGCUUCCGUAGCAGCAGUGGCCUUGUUUUCCAUACAAAGAGCCACACAGGGGAAUGGCUACAUAAAUGCAUGGAGUGUGGAAAGAGCUUUAUUAAGAACUGUGAACUUACUUACCAUAGUAGGAUCCAUACAGGGGAGAAGCCAUAUAAGUGCACAGAGUGUGGAAAGAGCUACUCCCACAGUUCUUCUCUUACUCUUCAUAAACGAAUCCACACAGGAGAGAAGCCCUAUAAAUGCAUGGAGUGUGGAAAGAGCUUCCCUUAUAGUACUUCUCUUACUUCUCAUUCCCGGAUCCACACAACAGAAAAGCCAUAUAAAUGCACGGAGUGUGGAAAGAGCUUUAGUUGGAGGAACAGUCUUACUUCCCAUAAAAGGACCCACAAAGCAGAGAAGAUAUAUAAAUGCAUUGAGUGUGGUAAAGGUUUUACUGAAAAUAGUAAACUUGCACGUCAUAAACGGAUCCAUACAGGAGAGAAACCCUAUAAAUGCAUGGAGUGUGGAAAGACCUUCUCUCAUAGUAAUUCUCUUACUUCCCAUUACUGGAUCCAUACAGGGGAGAAGCCAUAUAAGUGCACAGAGUGUGGAAAGAGCUUCUCCCACAGUUCUUCUCUUAAUCUUCAUAAAAGGAUCCACACAGGAGAGAAGCCUUAUAAAUGUAUGGAAUGUGGAAAGAGCUUCCCUAGGAGCAGUGACCUUUUUCUCCAUAAAAUGAUCCACACGGGGGAGAAGCCGCAUAAAUGCAUAGAGUGUGGAAAGAGCUUUAUUAAGAACUGUGAACUUAUUUACCAUAGUAGGAUCCAUACAGGGGAGAAGCCAUAUAAAUGUAUGGAGUGUGGAAAGAGCUUUAUUAAAAACUCUGAACUCACUUACCAUAGUAGGAUCCAUUCAGGGGAGAAGCCAUAUAAAUGCAUGGAGUGUGGAAAGAGCUUUAUUAAGAACUGUCAACUUAUUUACCAUAGUAGGAUCCAUACAGGGGAGAAGCCAUAUAAAUGUAUGGAGUGUGGAAAAUGCUUUACUGAGUCUAGUAAUCUUAAAUCCCAUAAAAAUAGCCACACAGGAGAGAACUCUUAUAAAUGUAUGGAAUAUGGCAAAAGUUUUUCUACGAAGACGUAUCUUAAUCACCAUAAAAGGAUCCACACGGGAGAAGCCUUAUACAGUUGCAUGGAGUGUGGGGAAAGCUUUACUAAGAACAGUUAACUUUGACGUCAUAAGAGAUUCCACAUGGGGGAGAAGUCCUAUAAAUGCAUGGAAUGUGGAAAGAGCUUCACUUGUAGUACUUCUCUUACUUCCCAUAAUAGGAUCCAUACAGGGGAGAAGCCAUUUAAAUGCAUGGAAUGUGGAAAGACUUUUAGUUGGAGCAAUAAGCUUACUUCCCAUAGAAGGAUCCUCACGGGAGAAAAGUCAUAUACAUGUUUGGAAUGUGGAAAAAGCUUCAGAAGAAGCAGUCAUCUUACUUCCCAUAACUGGAUCCACAUAGGGGAGAAGCCUUAUAAAUGUCUGGAGUGUGGAAAGAGCUUCUGUGAAAACAUCUCUCUUACUGUUCAUAAAAGGAUCCACACAGGGGAAAAGCCAUAUAAGUGCUUGGAAUGUGGAAAGAGCUUCAGAACAAGCAGUCAUCUUACUUACCAUAACUGGAUCCACACAGGGGAGAAGCCUUAUAAAUGCAUGGAGUGUGGAAAAGCCUUUAUUAAGAACAGCCAUCUUACUUCCCAUGCACGAAUCCACACAGAGGAGAAGCCAUAUAAGUGCAUGGAAUGUGGAAAGAGUUUCAGAGAGAGCCGUUCCCUUACAUCUCAUAAAAGGAUCCACACAGGAGAGAAGCCAUAUCAAUGCAUGGAGUGUGGAAAGACCUUUAUUCAAAGCAGUCAUCUUACUUCCCAUAAAUGGAUCCACACAGGGGAGAAGCCAUAUAACUGUAUGGAGUGUGGAAAGGGCUUCAGUCAAAGGAGUUCCUUUAUUUCCCAUAACUGGAUCCACACAGGGGAGAAACCAUAUAAAUGCCUUGAGUGUGGAAAGGGCUUUAUUAAGAGCAGUCAUCUUACCUCCCAUAAAAGAAUCCACACAGAGGAGAAGCCAUAUAAGUGCACAGAGUGUGGAAAGAGUUUCAGAGAGAGCCGUUCCCUUACAUCUCAUAAAAUGAUCCACACAGGAGAGAAACCAUAUCAAUGUAUGGAGUGUGGAAAGACCUUUAUUCAGAGCAGUCAACUUACUUCGCAUAAAAGGAAACACACAGGGGAGAAGCCAUAUCAAUGCACGGAGUGUGGAAAGAGCUUCAGUCAUAAUAGUUCCUUUACUUCCCAUAAAAGGAUCCACACAGGGGAAAAGCCGUAUAAAUGCAUGGAGUGUGGAAAGGGAUUCAGUCAAAGGAGUUCCUUUACUUCCCAUAAAAGGAUCCACACAGGGGAGAAGCCGUAUAAAUGUGCAGAGUGUGGAAAGGACUUUACUACGAGCAGUUAUCUCAACUCUCAUAAAAGGAUCCACACAGGAGAGGAGCUGUUCAAGUGCAUGGAGUGUGGAAAGGGCUUCUGUCAAAUUGCAUCUCUUAUGAGACAUAAAAGAAUCCAUUCAGGGGCAAAGCCAUAUGAAUGUGUGGAGUGGGAAAAUGACCUAAUUUUCCAUACACAGAUCCAUUUUGGUGCAAAUCCAUUAAAAUUCCAGAUUUAGUUGGUGAAAUCUAUGCAUUUCCUAUUUAUGUAUAGGAAGUGGGGUUUUUUUUUUGAGUGCGCUCACAACUUGAAACCGCAGAGAUAAUAUUACCAAUGGAAACAAACACAAACUAUGGACACAGCUGUUUUAAUACUGGUGUGGAUUUUUCAUGUUAGUGUCAAUUUGACAGUGGCCAACACUAUUUUAUAUCAAUAAUGAAAAUCUUUUUUUUUCUUUAAGUUUAUCUAGUUUCCAAUUGGGGUCAAUUUCAAGAAAAUGUCUGUUUUAAUCAUCUCAGAUUCUGGACUAUGCAAUUUUAUAAUAAGCUGUCAAUAUUGUGGUCUCACAAGGGAACUUUACACAAAUUGUUCUUUCUACUUGAUCCUCAUUGUGGGAGGGUUAUCAACAGGUAGACAUUUUGCAGGUAUGCUCUCCCCAGCAAUAAAAGUAGUAAAAUCCUC